UAGCACAACAAUAAUAACAACAACAGAAACAGCAGCAGCAACAGCAGAAGCAGUUGCAGUUACAUCAACAACACGAAGAGCGCCAGCACAUGCAGCAACACCCACAACAAUAACGGCACCCACACGCAUACCGCAAGCGAGCAGCGCUGCCCCUGUUGUUCCAUUUCGUCGUUCCGCUUCCAUGCGCUUGCGCGGCUCAAAAGGCACAGGCAAUGUUGCUGCUGCCGCUGCCGCUGCCACUGCCACUGCUACUGCUGCUGCUGCUGCCGGCGUAAGCCACAGUACGCGCGCUCAUCUCGACGGCAGCACAACGAACGGCAGCAGCAGCAAACCGUUAUCCGGCGAAAAAAUUGCAAAAUUCGCGCAUUAUCGCAGCUGGAGCAAUUUGGGACAGCGUCAACCGGGCAAAGCGGAAGCAGGGGCAACGGCUACGGCUACGGCAACUGCAACGGCAACACCUUCCCAAUUGGAUGAGACUCGGCUUCAUGCAUUAUGCCUGGCUUUAACAGAGCAGCCAACUGAGCUGCAAUUCUUGGCCAAUAUGGAAGCCAAGUCGCGUAAUAUGUCUUUAAAGCUGAACGGCGGCAGUGCUGAGACAGCUGGCAACGCAACGGUCACGGCCACGUCCACGUCUACGUCCACACCAAAGACGCCGCAAACGCCGCUCAACGGAGCCCCAUCCAAUCACAUUCAUUGCAGCCGCUCGUCAAAGUCGCUGAACAGGAAACACGACUCCCUACCAGCAUCGCUAUCAGCAUCAGCAUCAGCAUCAGCAUCGGUUGUAUCGGCAUCAGCUGGAGGAAAGCUCUCCACAGUUCCCGAGACGAAGAUCUCGCCACGGACACCGCCAGUGACACCGGAUUCGCCUAGCACCUAUCUGGAUGAUGAUCUAGACUCGAUGUACUCAUUUGCGACCACAACAUCGGGUCGUUCGACCAUGUCCUGCGAGCAUCCCUAUGUGGCCAGAAACGGUACCACCUUUAGUGGACGCAAAAUGAAGUACGUGGUGCACUGUUCGAACUAUGCGGGCCAAGUGGGCUCCGAUUAUCUGACGCCCACGCAGCGAGCGCAGCGUCAGAUACGCCGCCUUAAGGAGCUGUUGAGCAUAGCGCGUCAGGAUCUGGAGGCAAAGGAUACGGAAAUCUUGCGUUUGACGCGCGAGGUUGUCGAGCUGCGCCUAUUCAAGGCAUCGCUGAGUUCGCCCGAGGAGCGUUCGGCCUCCUCGGAUGCGGUAACGGUGCGCGAAGCCGACCUGAAGACCUCCCAGGACGUCUCGCCCAUUGUGGACAUGGUGGAUGAGGCCAAGUGCAGUCCGCGUCAUCUGGCGCGCCAGCAUCAGCAAUUGCACGCGAUGCAAAUGUCCACUGAGAUGCAGAGCUCGUAUGCCGACUCGGGGCACUUCGAGGAUCUGACCAUGUCGUCGGUGCACUCGAAGGACUCGCAAACGCAAAGCGAUACGCCCGAAGAGGCGGCAGCCGAGGCCGCGGCGGAGGCGGAGGCAGCGGCCAGCCACUUGGAGAACUACGAGCUGCAGCGCCAGGAGCUGAUUCGCAUGUACGAACACCGCAUCGAGGAGCUGAUACGCACCCAGGACGGCGCCACGAGCGACCUGAAGCGCUCGCACAACGACAAGGUCGAGGCGCUGCUCCAGAAGCUGGCCGAGUGCAACACUCGAUACUCGGACAUUGUCCCGGACUAUGAGCAUGCCAAGCAGCGCAUCCGCGAGCUGGAGAAGCAACUCGAGGACCUGCAGCGCAAGCUGGUCGAGCACGAGGAGAAGCAGAACAAAAUGUACUUGCAUAUGUAUCAGCAGGGGCAGGAGGCAGAGCGCAUUUCGCGCGCCGAUCAGGCAAUGGAACUGGCACAGCGACAGCCCGAUAGCAAGGUGUCGAUCAACGAGCUGCUGCAUCAGCUGCAGAGCACGCAGGACGAGCUGGAGAAUAUUCGCGCAUCAGAGUGUAGAAUGAGGGAAUGCGGCAGUAAUCAAGCUCUCCUUACGGCAAAGGAGGCCAUUUCUUUGUGGGUACUUGGCGCGCGUAAGACGAUCUAUCGACGUCUGUUGGAGGCACAAAAGAAUCGCACCCGCGUCGAUCCUGAAGUAACGCUGCAAUUCCUGAAAAGCGCCAUUUUCUAUUUCCUAACGGACAAGGAGAACUCGCAGGGCCAUCUGCAGGCAAUCGAGAGCAUUUUGGAGUUUACCGAGGAGGAGAAGGCGAAGAUAAAUCAAGCGCGAUCUCCAAAAAUUCGCAAAAUAAUGUUACAUUUUUUUAGUGCAGCUAAAUUCAUUGUUUUGUGUCUUUGUUCAGUUCGCGAAUUUAUUUACAAUUUUAUUUUGUCAUGUAAAAUAAUUUUGAUAAAUUAAAGACGUACCGUUAUUUUUCGGCGGCAACAAC